UUUUCCAAGCACAUGCGCAGUUGUUCGCGUCGUACUUUUUCCUUCGGAGCAUUGUGGGAGAAAAAUGGCGGCCGCCGUUCGGGCGCUGCAGGAAGUGUCCUCGAAGGUUUUUUCCAUGCCAUAUGUUGGGCAAGUAAGAGGUUAUUAUGUGGACUGGCGGAUGUUGCGUGAUGUUAAGAGAAGAAAAAUGGCCUAUGAAUAUGCAGACCAGAGACUACGGCUCAAUUGUCUUAGGAAGAACAGGAUUUUGCCCAAAGAACUCCAGGAAGUGGCAGAUAAAGAGAUUGCUGCCCUACCACGGGAUAGUUGCCCUGUGAGGAUCCGCAAUCGGUGUGUUCUGACUUCACGUCCACGAGGUGUAGUCUGGCGGUGGAGGCUCAGUCGAAUUGUCUUUCGCCAUCUGGCUGAUCAUGCCCAGCUCUCUGGGGUACAGAGGGCAAUAUGGUGACCUGUGAACAACCCUGUUCUUCAAACAUGUCAAAGCAGUCCUGCUUGAAUUCCUAAAAUUAGUAACAUGCAGCCCACAAAGAGCAAGAGAUGGGAAAUGCAGAUUACUUGGAAACUGUUGCAGAAAGAGACUUGUUUGAUUUUGUCAAGACUUUGAAAUAAGUGUUGUUUUUUGUCAUCCAGAAAAUGUGAUAAAAAAUAAACUUCUACAUCUGUUUAAAUUUCA